AUGAGAGAUAUACAUACGGAUCAUAGCUGUAAUUCGCCAAGAACGCCAAAUUUUCGGCAAAGAAGACGCUCAAAUGAGAUUCCUGCGGAGAUAAACAAAUCAAAUGGAAACUUUUUACUGGUGGAUGAUAAAUUUAAAUACAGAUCAAUGUGGAUUCGUGCAUACUCAUCUAUGUGGAUGUUAGCUAGUGUCUCACUAAUCGUAUACUUAGGUCAUCUUUACAUCUGGGCCAUGGUAGUUAUUAUCCAAAUAUUUAUGGCCAGUGAGCUCUUCAAUCUACUUAUAAGAGCAACUCAAGAUAGACGUCUCCCUAAGUUUAAGCUCUUGAACUGGCAUUUUUUCUUCACAGCAAUGCUAUUCGUAUAUGGCCGUAUUCUCAGUAAACAACUUGUGAAUACAGUGACCUCAGACAAAUUCUUGUUUAGACUUGUGUGCAACCUGAUCAAGUAUCAGAUGGUUAUAUGUUACUUUUUAUACAUUGCAGGUUUUGUAUGGUUUAUUCUUUCAUUGAAGAAGAGAUAUUACAAGUAUCAGUUUGGCCAAUAUGCAUGGACACAUAUGAUACUAAUUGUUGUAUUUACCCAGUCUGCGUUCACUGUAGCCAACAUAUUUGAAGGGAUAUUCUGGUUUCUUUUCCCUGCAUCUCUUAUUGCUAUAAAUGAUGUUGGCGCAUAUUUCUUCGGCUUCUAUUUUGGGAGAACACCGUUGAUCAAGCUUUCUCCAAAGAAAACAUGGGAAGGUUUCAUUGGAGCAUCUGUCGCCACUAUGAUUGCUGCAUUUACAUUUGCAAACUUCUUGGCUCGCUUCCAGUGGCUAACAUGUCCAAGGAAGGAUUUAUCAACUGGUUGGCUUCAGUGUGAUCCUGACCCAAUUUUUAAGCCAGAGUAUAUUCCAUUGCCAGGGUUGAUUUCUCAUUGGCUUCCUUGGAAAGAGAUAGCAGUUUUGCCAGUACAGUGGCACGCCUUGUGGAUGGGACUAUUUGCGUCAAUCAUAGCACCAUUUGGAGGGUUUUUUGCCAGUGGAUUCAAAAGAGCUUUUAAAAUCAAAGAUUUCGGUGACAGUAUACCUGGACAUGGUGGAUUUACAGACAGAAUGGACUGCCAGAUGGUAAUGGCUGUUUUUGUCUACAUUUACCAUCAAUCAUUUGUUGUCGCCGAAGACUAUUCAGUUGAAACGCUUUUGGACCAGAUAAUGAGGAAUCUUGGUUCAGAGGAGCAGCUAGCUCUCUACGCAAAACUCGGGCAGAUAUUGCAAGAAAGGCGUUUAUGA